CCCCGGAUUUAUUUAUCUCUGCCCCUACCCCGGCUAUAACCUGCGCCGCGUCCUGUGCCCACGAUGAAGCGACCUUGCGAGGAAACUACCUCAGACAGCGACAUGGACGAGACUAUAGACGUGGGGAGUGAGAACAACUACUCGGGGCAAAGUAAUAGUUCUGUCAUUCGAUCAAAUUCCCCAACAACAACAUCUCAGAUUAUGGCCAGAAAGAAAAGAAGAGGGAUUAUAGAGAAAAGGCGCCGUGAUCGUAUAAAUAACAGUUUAUCAGAGCUGAGGCGGCUUGUGCCAACUGCUUUUGAAAAACAAGGAUCUGCCAAAUUAGAAAAAGCGGAAAUACUGCAAAUGACAGUGGAUCAUCUGAAGAUGCUGCAGGCGACGGGAGGUAAAGGUUAUUUUGACGCUCAUUCCCUGGCCAUGGAUUUCAUGAGCAUUGGCUUCCGGGAGUGCUUGACAGAAGUUGCGAGGUACCUGACUUCGGUGGAAGGUCUCGACACGUCCGACCCCCUGCGCGUUAGACUCGUGUCUCACCUGAGCACCUGUGCCUCUCAGAGGGAAGCCGCCGCCAUGACCUCCUCCAUGGCCCACCACCACCACGCCUUGCACCCUCACCACUGGGCAGCCGCCUUUCACCACCUCCCGGCCGCUUUGCUGCAGCCAAACGGACUCCAUGCCUCCGACGCUGCCCCGUGCAGACUCUCCUCGGACGUGCCCCCCCACGGCUCCGCCCUGCUCACGGCCACCUUCGCCCACGCCGACGCCGCCCUCAGAGUCCCCUCCGCUGGCAGCGUCGCUCCCUGCGUCCCUCCUCUCUCUACCUCCCUCUUGUCCCUCUCGGCUACCGUUCACGCCGCAGCGGCGGCAGCUACGGCCGCUGCCCAGAGCUUCCCCCUCUCCUUCACUGGCGCCUUCCCCAUGCUUCCCCCAGCGGCCGCCGCCGCCGUGGCUGCGGCGACGGCCAUCACCCCUCCGUUGGCCGUAUCAGCCACCGCCAGCCCUCAGCAGGCUGGCAGCGGGGGCAGCAGUAAACCGUACCGACCCUGGGGGACUGAAGUUGGAGCCUUUUAAGUCCCCCCUCUCCCUUCCCGGUCUGGCUCCCUCCUCUCCCUCGGCACACGCGCGCGUGCACACACAGCCCCACGU